GAUGUGUUCCUCUGUUGUGGACCCUCUAGGAGGGCCAGCUCUCAGGUGGCCCAAGGCUGGACUUAGUGCUCGUUUUUCACCCCCAGGCCCUGGUCAGCUCUGACCUUUGGACAUUGCCGGGAGGGGCCCAGGGGCUGGUGAGCAGGGGGCUCUCCCCACAUCUCUCCUGUAGGAAUGGUGAUGCCCCCAGAUUGCACUUACCCUGUGUUGUGGCUUCCUAUGGAGAUCUCUUCCCACUUCUUACCUGCAAAGAGCCCCAGCUUUAAGCCACCACUGCAGAGCAGUCCUAGUCCCCUUGGCCUGCUGGCCUCUCAGAGAUGGUGUAGUCUGAGGCUGUGCCAGACCUGGGAGCCUGGACUCCACCCCAAAGAUGGGCCACACACAGCUGUGCAGCAGGCCUGCCCUAGUGCCCCGGUCACCCCCACUGCAGGCAGGGGAAGUGGGAGAAGUGAGGGCACUGACAUCCAGCUGACUGAGCCUAAAACCAUGCCCCUCCCUGCUCUGAAUCCUAAAGUCUCCCAUGGAAAGUGGGGGGCCUGGGCCCCCUUUGCCGCACUGACAUUUCAAGGCCUUGUGAGCGAUUUACAACCUGAGGACAGGCCGUGGGACUUAGGGUCCUGAUGGAGGAGAGGCUUGGCUUGAUGAGGCCGGAAGACUUGUCGCCCACCUCUCUGUUGGGAGAGGAAGCCCAGGCCGAGGAAAGGGCGGGGAUACGUCCAGGGUCCCACAGGGAGCCAAGGCUGGACAGAUGGGGCAGGAUGGAUGGGGCCAGGAAGGCAACGGCUGUUUCCAGCUGUUGGAGAUGUGCUUUCUCUUGGGUCCAUGCAAACUCUUUUCCACCUACCCAUUGGUGUAGGGGCCACAGCAGGGGAGUUAGACUUGGCAGCCCCUUGACCCCAGACUGUCCCCGCCAAUGGAGCAAGAGCUGCUCAGAGCCGUUUCCCUGUUCUCCCAGAUUCAAGAGCGUGAGCCCCCUAGGCCCAGUCCUGGAACAGGGCACCCCGGGAGGGCCCCUCAGGAAGAAGCCGGGGCUGCGGCUUCGGGUGGGGCCGGCGGCCUCUGCUGGGAGCCCAGCAUCUGGAAACCAUCAGGCCAGGGGCGGGGGAAGUUGCAGGGGAGGUCCAAGGAGGGAGACAUGCCUCCUCCAGGCCACACACAGGCCCAACCCUCGGGAGCGUGGCCUUGGGCCCACAACCGCUGCCUCUGCUCCCAGGCCCGCAGCCCCGCCCCCUGGCGCACACGCCCCGCCCCCGCCGGAAGCCCCGCCCCACUCAGCAGCCACGCCCUCUUCCCCAGGGCUGCCUUCUCACUCCACUGGCCGCUGCUCCUGCAAAGGCCUUGCCAACAUUCCACUGACCCCGGAGACUCAGCGGGACCAGGAGCGGCGGAUUCGACGGGAGAUCGCCAACAGCAACGAGCGGAGGCGCAUGCAGAGCAUCAACGCGGGCUUUCAGUCUCUCAAGACCCUCAUCCCCCACACAGACGGAGAGAAGCUCAGCAAGGCAGCCAUUCUCCAGCAGACAGCCGAGUACAUCUUCUCCCUGGAGCAGGAGAAGACCAGGCUCUUGCAGCAGAAUACACAGCUCAAGCGCUUCAUCCAGGAGCUGAGCGGCUCGUCCCCCAAGCGACGGCGGGCAGAGGACAAGGACGAAGGCAUCGGCUCUCCGGACAUCUGGGAGGACGAAAAGGCGGAGGACUUGCGGCGGGAGAUGAUUGAGCUUCGGCAGCAGCUGGACAAGGAACGCUCGGUGCGCAUGAUGCUGGAGGAGCAGGUGCGCUCGCUGGAGGCCCACAUGUACCCAGAAAAGCUCAAGGUGAUUGCGCAGCAGGUGCAGCUGCAGCAGCAGCAGGAACAGGUGAGGCUGUUGCACCAGGAGAAGCUGGAGCGGGAGCAGCAGCACCUUCGGACCCAGCUCCUGCCCCCUCCUGCCCCCACCCACCACCCCACAGUGAUCGUGCCGGCACCGCCUCCCCCUCCCUCCCACCACAUCAACGUUGUCACCAUGGGCCCCUCCUCAGUCAUCAACUCUGUUUCCACAUCCCGGCAAAAUCUGGACACCAUCGUGCAGGCAAUCCAGCACAUCGAGGGCACCCAGGAAAAGCAGGAGUUGGAGGAGGAGCAGAGGCGAGCUGUCAUCGUGAAGCCGGUCCGAAGCUGCCCGGAGGCCCCCACCUCUGACACGGCCUCCGACUCCGAGGCCUCAGACAGUGAAGCCAUGGACCAGAGCCGGGAGGAACCGUCAGGGGACGGGGAGCUUCCCUGACUACCCCCCCCAGCCCUCCUCUCCCUUCUGGGGGCUCGAGGGAGCCGGGGCAGCCACAGGGAGAGAUGAGGGUGAAUGAGUGAGAAAUUUUUACAAAAUUACGAUGUUAUUUGGGUCUCUUUUAUGACCUCUUUUUCAAUACUGUAAAUCAACCUUUGAACGAAGCCACUCAACCCGAGGUCCCAGGGCUGGGAUGGCUCAGAGCGUGUGGGAGCAUCGGGACCCCAGGGCUGGGCCUCGGCCCCGGGGGCUGGGGGAAGCUGACACUGAGGUGCCUGCCUCUCUCUGCCAAAAAGCAUUUUUUCCUUUAAACAUGUUUUUUAAGAACAGGGAAAAUCAAACAAAACCCCAAGUUAUUUCUUCCCUGCCCAGAGCCAGCCUGGGAUUGUCAGUCUUCAAUCCCCUUUCCCUCCUCUGUUUGGGUGUUGUUCUUUCUCCUUUAAGCACUUACAUGGGUUGGGGUCAGACUGGGCUGGGGCGUUCUGGGGGCCCAGGGGUCUCCGUUGCUUCUCGGUUGGGGUUCGCUGCUGCUCUGCUCCCCUCCCCCUCCCCAUCUCGGCACUAGAGUUCUCUACUCUCCCACCCCCAGCCUCCACCUCUGCCUCCGGGUCUCAUCUUCCACCCAAAAAAUGUCUUUGUCUCUUUCUUUUUGUUUUGUUUGUUGUUGGUAUUUUUUUUUUUUUUUUUUUUUUUGGUUUUGCCUUUUGUUUUUGUUACGUUUUUCUUUUCUUUUCUUUUUUUUUUUAUUACAAUUUUGAGGUCUUCGUGUUCAAGGAGAAGCUAUUAUAUUUUGUUAAGAAAGUGGGGAGAAAAAAACCAAGAGGCCACCGUGCCUUUGUAAAGAAACAAAAUAAAGUUUGUACUUUGUUUUUUA